AUGAAGCAGUUGCACGAAAACUUAAACGAAACGGUGGAUAAAUUGGGAGAAGAACUUAAAAAAGCGAUAUCUGAAGAUGUAGCCAUUGUAUUUGUGGGACCUACAAGCAGUGGCAAAUCAUCCUUGAUAAACGCCUUAUUCAGAAACCGCUUUCUUCCCGUUACAACUGUUCAGACAACAAUGUGCAAAAUUCAGGUUCGCCCUACGGCUGAUGAGUGGAGUGUUGAUCAAGUAGGUUGUGAAAAGCUACUCUUAAACCAGCGAAGAGGAAGAGAGGACGUAGAGGCCUUCUUGAGUAAGAUUUCUGCAUUGUCAAACUCUGCAGAAAGGAAGGAGCUCAACAUCGACUCUCACAGUGUCAUACAAGUGAAACGUCCUUACCCCCUCUGCAUUCUACCAAAAAAUAUCGUUUUGAUAGAUACACCCGGUUCUAAAGAGAACCCCGCUGGCGACGUAGUUGUUCUCGACUCAUGCAAGGAGGCAGAUAUACUCGUUGCUGUGAUGGAUGUCGGGUCACCUUCUAUACAUGAUAUUGCAGGUCUGCUAAACAAUGUGAAUUGCCAGUUCAACUUUGGCGUCUUCACAAAAUGGGAUAAAGUCUUACGAGAUAUAGAAGAAGGCAAGAGGCAACAACUACAAGAAAAAAACAAAGGAGAGUUUCAGCAUUUCGUGAAAGAAAAACACAUGGUUUAUUUCGUUGGUACAAAGCAUUUUACCAAAGAAAAGGAGACCUCCGCACAAGCCAAUGAUGCAAGAAAUGAUUUUUUGAGGUUUGAGACAGAUUUAGCACAGAGUGCAAAAACUGUUAAAGCGCAGAAAGACAUGAAUCUAAUAGAACGAGCUGAAGAUCUCACUUCAAAACACAAAAAGGACUUCGAAUACAUAAAAAGCACCUUGGAGACGAGGGAAGAAUACAUAGAUAGUCAUCUGAAUAAGAUAGAGGGCGAAAUCUGCACUUUGAACGAAAAACAAUGUAGCCUUAAAGCAGUGGAUCAGGAAGCGAAGAAGCUUAUUGAUCUGAUAAGACCUCGACUCCGUGAAGGGAAGAAUAAUGAAUUGAUACAGGAACUUAGCAACAAUUUCAAGAGUUGUCCCACUGUGGAAAGUGAGAAUGAAGUUAUUGACGCAUUCGAGAAGAUGAUAGAUGGAAUCAACACAGCUUUACAGUUACAAAGUGAAAAGGUAGAAAAAGAGUAUCAGGAACGGAAGGAUAAUCUCAGAUCUUUUCAAACAAACUUUCCUCAACAAUUUUUGCCACCCUAUGAAGCUACGCUGAAAGAUUUCAGUUAUAGCAGCCUAACAGACCCUUAUGCCUACGUUACCAGGGACAACUUCUAG